AAUUCUCAAACACUGGGACAGCUGACGUCAGCGAAGUUCCGAACCGCCGGUUCGUAAAAGGACAUGAGCUGUCGCCCUCUCCGCCUCCUCUGAGGGUGCUUGUCCUUGUCACCAGGGAGAGACAGAGAGCGGGGAGGAGCGGAGUGGAAGCCGCAGGGCCAGCCAGAGAGCAGCGGGCGGGCGGGGGUAUCGGACAGUUUCGCCGCAUUGCUAUUCGAUCCCCUCCGCCCGGUGACCCCCCCGCCCCCUCCCCAGCACCACUCCCCAGUGAGAGGUGGGAGUUGUCCGACUCGGUGAAUCCACCAGGCGGGCUACUACUGAGCAGGUGGACGGCUGCUUGCCUCGCUCGCUCGCUCCUAACCGGUGCGUUGUGUUCUUUUACGCGUAUGAUUGUCUUUGGUGAGGACUUUUUUUCUAUGACAUGGAGGACGAUGACAAGCUAGCCAGGUCGAGGCUGCUUUGCUAAGCCCCGACCUGACCGGGGGACUCAUUCCAACCAUCUGGAAGAAGGCAGGAGUGUCCCAACAAAAAUACAAGGAGAGGUGGAGGACGUCUUCGCCUCGUUGAAAGGCUCUCGUCUUUUUGGUUUCAUGAGGGACGGCGUCUCACCCGGGUUGGAAUCUGGAAGAAGCGCGCUUCACUAUGAAUACAGACAGCGGCGGAUGUGCUCGCAAAAGUGUCGCUGUGUCGCUCACGCUCUCGCCCAUGAAGAGGGUCCAGAGCUCGCCCAAUCUGGCCUCAGGGAGUGAUCCUCACUCAUCAGACUACAGUUCCUGGCGGUCUCGCAGCGCAACCGAUGGCCUUAAGAACGGCGACGCCAUCAGCUCGUCUCUGGCCGCCAAAGGCUUUCGCAGCGUCAGGCCCAACCUGCAGGACAGAAAGUCGCAGGGCCCCAUCUCCCUUGACUCCACAGCACGUCACUCCCCCUUUCUGAGCCACAGCUCCGAAUCUCUCGACUACCUGUCGGGCCUAAUGUCCAAGGGGCUGUCACCCAGCCCGUAUGUCACGACCGUCACCGCGUCGCCCCCCGCCUCCCCCGUGACAGUUUCGGCUCUCAGCCACUACUCCUCCUCCACGGCGGGUCUGCUUGACGAGCUGCAGAUUUGUAGCCUGGACUCACCCGGCGCCUCGCCCACGCCGUCGCCCACCCUCAGCCACGUCUCGGUCUUCACUGCCGCUGCUGCUGCCGCUGCUGGCCCCGACGACGCGCUAACUGCCGCCGCAACAGCCACUGUCACUAACGGCCAGGUGCUCUCUCACGCCAUGAACGGGGGGACGGGGCACGCCACCAGGCCGCUUUCGCCGCCAUCUUACCCGCCGCCGCCCGCCUCGCUCUGCUCAGGACUCCUGAGGCAGAGCCAGAGCUCAGAAGGUAGCGAGACGUUCACCAGAGAGUCUGUGGUGUCGGGCAACGCCAGCUUUAGUAGCACCAUGCCCAUCGCCCGCUUCUCUGAGGAGGAAACCAAGGUGUCUGUCAUCAAAGCCCCCCACUACGAAGGCAUCGGACCCGUGGACGAGUCGGGCAUUCCCAUUGCCAUCCGCACAACGGUUGAUCGGCCCAAGGACUGGUACAAAACCAUGUUCAAACAGAUCCACAAGGUCCACAAAGCGGAUGAUGACUAUUCAGAUACCUACAGUGCAACAUAUGCUAUCAUCAACAAUGAUGACUACGGUGUGCCACCCGGCGCCACCUUGGCCCACCCAGCCCCACGCACGCACACGUACAGGCCGCUCUCCAAGAGCUUGUCGGACAACAGCGGGCAGCGCCUCGCCGCCCGGGAUCCUUCGCCCUCACCCGUACCGCCUCCGCCACCGCCACCUGCACCCUCCCUGCUGCAGUUGAGGGCCAGAGACAGCGACCGUGACAGACACACGCCAGAUAUGAAUGAAUGGGGUCCUCCCGAAAGGAAAGUAGACACGCGAAAGUACCGUGCCGAGCCCAGGAGUAUUUUCGAGUAUGAGCCAGGGAAGUCCUCCAUUUUAGAGCACGAAAGACCUACCUAUGAUGACAUAGAUUUAGAGAACGAGCCUUGGUAUAAGUUCUUUUCUGAGCUGGAGUUUGGCCGCCCGCCUCCUAAAAAACGACUGGAUUAUAAUCCAGACGUCUCGGCUCGCCAGCGCAUCGAGGCAACCCUGCAGGUCGCUCCUGCGGACAAGCCCCCCGAAAGACCCGCAAGCGCUGCCAACGACUACAGAAAGAGAAGGAAGUCUGAGCCUGCUGGCUCCCAGGCAAACGCUCAGUUCUACUCUGGCCGAGCGGCAACGUCACCCAAAGCGCCCGACGCCAGCAGCUCCGCCGGCGGCACUCUCAAGAAGUCCAUCGUUCGCUCCUCGCCGUCCUCGCCCUCACGCACCAAAGGUGGGGCCGCAUGCGUCAUGUAUUCAAACACUUUGACCUCUCCGGGUCCUUGCCAGCAUUCAUCCCUGCCCCCCGUUGCUACCUGUUGCACGGAGGAGGCGCCGGCGUCAUCCUCCGAGGAGGCUCCAGCGCCUCCACCGUCCAGCAGCAAACUCAGGUCCCGUAGCUGCGACGACUUGCUGGGCGACCGUCCGGGCCAACGCCGCGCCUUUCGCUCGGAAAGCGCCGGCUCAUUGCUGUGCAGCCAACCUGACUCCAACGGGUCCAUGGGCUCGGCACCCCGCCUCCGCCGCCGGCUGCCACAUGACUCACCGGGCUUUCUCAAGCUUUACCGGAAGAUGCACCACAUCGACAGGGCCCACCUGAUCCCGUCCGAGGUGAUCCGUUCGGUCCGCACCCGCAUCCUGGAGCUGGAGCAGCAGCCCCAUCUGCACCUGCACCCGCUCUCCCCUUGGGCACCCUCUGGCGGCUCAGAAGUGCCGCGCAACAACGUGCCCAACCGCAUCUCCGCUUUUGAGAGUCUCAUCGAAAAGUCCAAAUCCAUGCCUAACUUGGGAGACAACGAGGUGGCGUCGGGCGCGACCACGCCAGGCGGCUCGUCCCGAGCGAGCAGUGGCGGUGGCACCCCUAGUUUUCCAAAACGCCGCUUCUCUAUCGAGUCUCUCCUGGAGGAGGACGACAGUGGCAAUGGGCUGCCAACUCCCGCCACGGAUCACUCGCGUAAAACUCGCAGCCCGCCUGAGGGUCAACCUCGUGUGGGGCCAGAGCCCAACCGUGCGGCCUCCUACUUGGCUCCUCCCGUCCCGCGGGUGCCGCAAGCUGACUACUCCGACAGCGAGCAGGACGCCAUCGCCUCAGACCUCAGUGACUUCAUCCAGGUGGAGGGCUCUUCGUUUUGCAGCGAGAGCGACUUUGACCACUGCUCGCUGACGUCCUCGGAGAGCUUGUACGGCUCCGCCACGCUGCACCACCACCUCCGCCAUCACCACCACCACCACCCCGGUCACCAGAGUGUUGGACAGAGCCAGGGCUACCAACAUAGACACCUCAUUAGUUCAUGCAAGGGUCGCUGCCCGGCCUCUUACACGCGCUUCACCACCAUGCUCCGCCACGAGCGACAGCGAGCGCGCCAGGACCCCCAGAGACCUCAGCCGUCAAGUCGCAGCAGCCGCUCUCUGGUCCAGAGCUCCGAGUCCCAGCAGUCCAUGUCCAAGCUGGCCUAUCUGGUCAGUCCAGUGCCUUUCCACAAGAAAAAGAGCUGCGGCGGCGGUCACAGUCGCGGAAGCAGGCCAAAAUCCAAGCAGGCCAUCUACGAAGCGCUGGACGCCGCCCUGAGGGACAUCUACGAGCACAUCCAAGCCGAGCGGGGCCGCCGAGGCGCCAGGACCCCCGACGACAGCAUCCUGAGGAGAAUACUCUCCGAGCUGCUGCCCAGCGUGCCUGAAAGAAGCUCUUCGUUGCCCGGAAGGAGGAGGUGUUGGCACGAGGCCGGCCCGGAUGGGUACACUUCGUACGAGGGCGAGCCACCCACGUCACGGUUGCAAUCUCCCCGGCUCCAGUCGCCAGUUAGUGCCUGUUACGGACGCCACUUGGAUGCCACCAACUGUAAUGAUUACGGGGAGGAGCAUGCCAAUGGAAAUGGUGUUUUUUAUUCAGACCAGGAUGUGCCCAGGAGUUAUUCCACCAUGGACGGUCGGCACACACCCCAGAGUCGAAGAGCCACACCUGACAGAGAGGUAUCCCAUAAACAGAUGACCCAACUUAUUCUGUUCUCUCUCCUCCAUCAGAAGCAGCCUGCCCGAGCUAUUUACGACUUUAAGGCGCAGACGGCUAAGGAGCUGACGUUCAAAAAAGGCGAUGCGGUCAACAUCAUCAGGCAGAUCGACAGCAACUGGUACGAAGGCGAGCACCGAGGCCGGGUUGGGAUAUUCCCGAUCGCUUACGUGGAGAAGAUGACGUCUUCGGAGAAGUCGCAGCCCAGCCGCCCGCCUCCACCCGCCCACGUCAGGGAGAUCGGCGAGGCCGUGGCUCGUUACAACUUCAACGCCGACACAAACGUUGAGCUGUCGCUCAGAAAGGGCGAAAGGGUGAUCGUGAUCCGGCAGGUGGACCAGAACUGGUACGAGGGCAAGAUCCCAGACACGACCAAACAGGGCAUCUUUCCCGUAGCCUACGUGGAUCUGCUCAAGCGCUCGCCCUCCAAAACAACCGCCCACCACCUCCACCAUGUGGACCCCCACGGAAACCAUGGCAACAGGACGCCCAUCUCCACGCCCAUCAAGCCUUCCUCCCUUCUCCCGCCUCCAUCCCCCACCCCCUCCCGCGACCACCCAUCUUCCCUGCUGUCAAGGCCUAACCUGCGGGCAGUCACCCACGAGUGGCUCUCCCUCACCGUGGAUGCCCCUCCGCCUCGCUCCCUCUCGGUCACGCCCGCGACCCCCACGCCACCCCCUCUUCCCGGUCACCUUGCGCAGUUUCUUGACAAGCCUCUCUCCGCCUCGCCCGAGUAUCUCUCCGGCGUUUUAGGUCCGCUGGCUCCUUCUCGCGGGCGUAGGGCGUGCGACCCUUUGCGCGGCGCGAAGUCGAGCGAGUUGCAGAGAGCGAUGUGGGAGUCGUCGACGUCACCUAGCCGCUUUGACGGUCAGCUCCGUGUCGCAGACCCUUACGAUGAGCCGCUGUCUGUAAUUCUGGAUGAACAAGAUCAGUCACCAAUGUGUUUCACCGCAAAACCCCAAUUUCAUGAUGCUCAGCCGGCAGCAAAACCCCGAGCAAUAAAAUCAGCAGAACGAGACUGUGUGACGGCUCACGUCCUAAAGGAAGCCCCGGUUGAGUCUCAGAGGCCUCCAUCAAAAAGAGGAAAGUCGUUUAUUGAGUUAUUCAUUCAGGAAGAAGAUGAGGAGGCUAGAGAGGAGGAGGAGGAGGAGGAAGAGGUUUUGACAGGGAAACUCAGUACACAGGCUGACGUCUGUCCCCCCGCUCACUCACCCUCUCCUCCCCCCGGCCCGCCGUCACCCUCCUCGCUGCGACCCUUGAACUCUCCCCCGUCCCGCCCCCCGCCCCUGCCCAUCUUCUCCACGUCGCCUCCCGUCUCGCCCUCUUCCUCCGCGUCCCCCCUCCACUCGCCGGAGCCCCUGACUCCCCCCCACUCCACCACAUCACCCUCGUCCACCUCCCCACCGCUCCUCACUUCCCGCCACUCCCCUCCCGCGAUUCCCCACCCGGGCCGUAGGUCCCCCAAGUUGAAGGAUCCAGUCGUGGGUGGAAAACCGCCUCGUAGCCCCGUCUUGUCUCGGAGGCCCGCUAGAGGUCGAAGGCGACUAGUCCAGGAAGCUCUCCACGGCGGGGGAGACCCCUUCCAGGCCGUGUACAACUACGCGCCGCGCAACGAAGACGAGCUGGAGCUGAGGGAGGGCGACAUUGUUGACGUGAUGGAGAGGUGUGAUGACGGAUGGUUUGUUGGGACGUCUCGGCGAAGCAAGUUGUUUGGAACCUUCCCAGGAAACUACGUGAAGCAGCUAGCGUGAAUGAUUCCUCGCCCCGCCCGCCUCCGCACACAAGUGUGUGUCUGUGUGCGUUUGUGGAUGGCGGCGCAGCUCUCACUGGCCAUCUUCAACAGAAGACCUCGUUAGUACCAAUUUUUUGUUGUUGUUGUUUUUAACUCUUUUUACUCCUGUUUUUAUGGUCACGGACAAGCCGCAAAAUGACAACGAUGAGGAAAAAAAAUUAUUCUGUGUUGGUGUGCUGCAUCACAAUUUUUUUUUUUUUUUUUGGGUUGUCGGUUUCAUACCCCAAAGACAUUCAACAAUGAAUCAUGUGCUAUAUUACAUGCGCAAAUCUCACCCGUUCACCUUCACCGCUAGCGUUGAUGCACUUUAACCAAUUUGUGUUUGUUUGUUUCAUGUCAGAGUUCACCUCAGAAAAGUGUCAGUAUCGGAGGGCUUGCCACUUUUUCAAAGUUUGUAUUUAUUAGCGCUCCAACAAUAGGGGAUGACUGUAGUAUCUUUUUUUUUUUUGCUUUAUUUAUGAUUAUUCAAUAACACAACCAAACCAAGAUAAAUCAGGAGGCAUCCCAGAGCAUUUGGAAAAUCAACAAAACCGAUCAGUUCAGCAAGUUGCUUGUACGUUUUGACAUCCAAGUGAAGAGAAGAAGCCUGCCACCAUAUGCCACUGGCGUAGAUAAAAAAAACAAGAAACAUUUAAAUAAUAUUGUAGUACUUAAAAAUAAGGCUCAGAAUAUACACUUUCAUGUUUAACUUGAAGAUUUUGUUUUUUAAGUCACGCAUACCGAAUCCAAAACCGUGAGCACAAAAGUGAGAGCCGAACCGAACCAUGGAUUUAGUGAACCAUUCCACCCCUAAUAUUUUUUUUCUUACAUUCUAAUUGCAAAUUUUCAAGGGAAAAUUCAACGAGAAAGUGUGAAUUACAUUUUGAAAUAAUGUUUUUUUUUUGGUCUUACAGUGACAAAGAUUUUUUUUUUUUUUAAUCUUCAUACGAAACACAUUUUUAAGAACUGAAAAUUGCAAAGGUUUUAGGGUUUGUUUGGGUUUUUGUGACAAAAUUUGGGGAUUUUCCAGAUUUUUAAAAAAAAAUCAGUAACAGAAAGAAGUUCUUUUUCUUUCUUUUUUCAUACAAAAAAUUGGCGAAAGUACAUUUAAAUUGCACAGUGGCGAUAUACAAUCGUGUGAUAAGCAUUUUUGUUUUUAUUAUUAUUAUUAUUACUUGUGUAACUAUUUCCAGUAAAAGACAUCUUCUGUCAGUGUAUGUCUGAACUGUUAGUUUUUUUUUUAAAUACAAAAAAAAUGUGUUUCAGAAUUGUGUUUUAACUCAAAAUUUAGUUGCCUGUUAUUUGUCAACUAUACAGUCGUGUGCUAAUUAAGACAAGCUACCAUGGAUUGUAGGCUGUCAAAUUCAGUUAUAGAGAGUACAUAAAUUGGCAGGUUUUCCACCAAGGGGCGGUCGUCAUAUAUUUAAAACCACAUUUUAGCUGAGAUGUUGCACAAAGGAUUUUUUUUUUUUUUGGACACUGACUUUCGUUGAAGCACCUUAAGAUAUAUAAUUUUUAUCAUAAAUUCACAUUGUGUUGCUCACAUUUCUGUUUGUAUUUUUUUCCAAUCAUUUUCUGUUAUCAGCAUUCACCUGCUUUAUUAAAAACACACUCUUGGCUUUAUUCAUAUUUCUUCUUUAGCCAUCGUUCUUUUCUAUCAACAGCGCCAUCUAGUGGGUGUGUUUUGACCACAAUUCUUUUUUGUGACUGAACACCGCCUUAAAAACAACAAACUCGCUUGAUAGCCAUGUAACAUGUCAAAUGCAAAAAAAAAUGGAGUGAAAACAGCUUAUUGUAAACAAAUCACACAUGCACACACAAGUGUCAAGUAUUUCUACUUUGCAUUUUACGGGGCUGUAUUAUUAUUAUAAUUAUUAUUAUUAUUAAUAAACGCUUAGAUUUAUGAUCUUA